UUUUCCACAUUCAUAAUAUUAUAAAUACUAAAUGCUUGCCCUGAUUUUUUAAUACCUCAAAGUUCCCAACUUUUUAGCUUUCUUCAACAGAAUGGCUAGUCUAGUAUGGCUUGCUAGCUUUCUCCUUUUGUUUCACUUUCAUUUUCAAGCUUCAGUUUCCUUUUCUUUGAAUUCCAACUCUUCAGCAAUGUUGUGCCAACGAGACCAGAGUCUUGCCUUGCUCCAAUUCAAGGAAACCUUUUCCAUUGCAAAGGCUGUCUUUGUCCCUCCUUAUUAUCCCAAGCCUUAUCUCAAGACAAAGUAUUGGAAAGAGGGCACUGAUUGCUGUUGGUGGGAUGGGAUUACAUGUGAUAUGGAAACGGGUAAUGUAAUUGGCCUUCACCUUUCUAAUAGCUUCUUGUAUGGUCCUAUCUAUUCUAACAAUCCUCUUUUCUCUCUUCGCCAUCUCCGAAAACUCGACUUGUCUUUAAAUGAUUUCAACCACUCUCGAAUUGUUCCUCAGUUUGGCCAGUUUUCCAAGUUAACACAUCUUAAUCUAAGCUAUUCUGGUUUUGUGGGUCAAAUUCCUUCAGAAAUUACUUACCUGUCAGGUUUGCUAUCUCUUGAUCUUUCUUGGAAUUAUGAUUUGAUAUCAGAAACCACUAUUUUUACCAAGCUUGUUCAAAACCUAACCCAAUUACGGGAAUUGGACUUGAGUGAAGUAAACAUGUCUGUGGUUGCACCUAGUUCCUUGAUGAAUUUGUCUUCUUCUUUGACAUCUCUCAAACUUGAAUUUUGUGAAAUGCAAGGAAAAAUCCCCGAUAUCAGUCGUCUAUCUAAAUUGGUUUCACUUGAUCUUUCUUGGAAUUUUGGUGGUUUGACAAUAGAACCAAUGAUUUUUGACAAGCUUGAUAGAAAUCUAACCAAGAUAAGAGACUUAGCCUUCGGAGAUGUAAACAUGUCCAUGGUUGAACCUAGUUCUUUGAUGAAUAUCUCUUCUUAUUUAUCAUCACUUGGACUUCGAUAUUGUGAAUUGAAAGGGAAAUUUCCAGACAACAUAAUUCAACGAUCAAACCUCCAACUGCUUGAUUUAUUGGGUAAUGAAGAUCUCAACGGUUCCUUACCUCGGCAUAACUGGAAUAAUUCUCUCAGGUCUUUGUCUCUUUCUUUGACACAAAUUACAAUAUAUUUGGACCAUGAUUUUAUCAGUAAUUUGAAGUCUUUAGAAACUUUGGAGCUCUGUCAAUGCAAUUUUAGAGUUUCAAAUUUGAAAUUUUUGGGUAUGUUGACUCGACUCAUUACGUUGGAUAUCUCCUUUAAUAAUUUCAGUGGUCAAAUUCCAUCUUCACUUGGAAGUCUUAAGCAGCUCUCUUAUUUAUACCUUUCCGAUAACAAUUUCAGUGGUGAGAUUCCCUCCUCUUUUAAAAACCUUAAACAACUUCAGGAAUUGUGGCUCCAAAAUAACCAUUGUAGUGGUCCCAUUCCUCAUUAUUUUACAAACUUCACACUACUUUAUGUUUUAUAUUUAUCAAAUAAUAAAUUCACAGGCCCCAUCCCUUUCCAAGUAGGCGGGUUUUCAAGUCUAAUAUCCCUAUAUUUAUCUAAUAACUUAUUAAAUGCAACAAUACCACCCUCUGUGUUUAUCCUACCUCAGUUGCGCUAUUUAUUGCUCGACAAUAACCAGCUCACCGGUCGUUUAGGUCCAUUCCAAGAAAAUCCAUUGGUUCAUAUUGAUUUGAGCAAUAACAAGUUGUAUGGCUUCAUUCCAAGCUCAAUUUUCAAACUUGUGGACUUGAAUGUUCUCAUUCUUUCAUCCAAUAAAUUGAUAGGAGAAGUUUCUUCAGCAGUUUGCAACCUAAAUUCUCUCAAAAUUCUUGACUUGUCAAACAACAGUUUGAACGGCUUCAUCCCACAAUGUUUGGGAAAUUUCAGCAAUGAUCUCUCGGUGCUGCAUUUGGGCACGAACAAUUUCCAAGGAACCAUCCCUGAGACGUUUUCAGCAAGAGGCAGCUUGAGAUAUUUGAACUUCAAUGGCAAUCAAUUGCAAAGGAGAAUCCCUCUGUCCAUUUCUAAUUGUAGAAAUUUGGAGAUUUUAGAUCUUGGAAACAAUAAUAUAGAUGACUCAUUCCCCCAUUUCUUGGAAACUCUUCCGGAGCUGCAAAUUCUAAUUCUGAAAUCCAAUAAACUCCAUGGAUUUGUGAAAGGGUCCUCUACCAAUUAUUCCUUCUCAAAGCUGCGAAUGUUUGACCUCUCCGAUAACAUGUUGAGCGGGCCAUUACCUUCAGGGUAUUUCAAUAAUUUCAAAGCAAUGAUGAACUUUGAUGUCAAGAUGGAGUACAUGAGGACACCAAAUUUUUCUUACGAUUAUUCUGUGCGUCUGACACUCAAAGGAGUUGAGAUUGAGUUGGUGAGAAUCCAAACACUUCUUACAACCAUUGAUUUGUCAGGCAACAAAUUCACAGGGGAGAUCCCACAGUCUAUUGGAAAGCUUAAAGCACUUAAGUUGCUCAACUUUUCUCACAAUCAACUCACGGGCAAUAUUCAACCAUCAUUGAGGGAAUCGUCCAAUUUGGAAUCACUAGACCUCUCUUCAAAUUUUCUUGUUGGAAGGAUUCCUAUGCAGUUGACAGAUUUAACAUUUCUGCAAGUAUUUCGGGUUUCAGAUAAUCGACUUGAAGGACCCAUACCUGAAGGAAAGCAGUUCAACACAUUUGAUAAAAGUUCAUAUGAAGGAAAUUUGGGAUUGUGUGGAUUUCCACUAGAAAAAUGCAAUAAUGGGGAGAGGCAAAAACCAGAAAUAUCCAAGGAAGAUGAUUCCAAUUCUAAAUUUGGAUUUGGGUGGCAACCUGUAGUGGCAGGGUAUGGAUGUGGAGUAAUAUUUGGUAUUGCAAUGGGAUAUCGUGUGUUUAAAACAAGAAAACCAAUAUGGUUUGUGAGGAUAGUUGAAGGACAAAGACGUGCAAAGCCAAAAAGAUUCAAAAACUAGGAUUUCUUGGUAUUUACAGGUAGAUGAAGAAUAAGUGAGCAGAUGCAAAAUGAAGAUACAGAUCGGACAUGAAUGCAGUGGAAAACAUAGCAUUAUAUUUCUUUUUCUUUUUUUUUUCUUUUAAAAAUAUUGUCUUUUUAAUAUGUAUAAAAA